AUGUCCAGCGGCACUCCAAUGGAGUUCGGCGAGCAUAGACUGGAGACCCGCGCGAGGGACACGGAUCUCUCAAUGGUGUACACCAUCGACCUGGCCGUGGUGGAUGACUACACCAACAGCGUUGAGCAGUUUCUUGCUGGAGACAAGUAUAAGGUGGUCGGCAUCGACCUCCAACAAAAAAAAUGCCACUGCCCACCCAUCCCACCCCACCUCCACCUCCACCCCGUCCCGCACACCCCAAAUCCCUGCAGCCACCACCCGCCUCCUCCCACCUGGCGCCGCCCCGCUUCCUCCUCCCGCCCGGCGCAGCCCUCCUCCCACCCGGCACCGCCCCGCCUCCUCCCACCCGGCGCCGCCCCGCCUCCUCCGACGCCGUCAUCGCCCGCCUCCUCCUCCUCCCGCCCGGCGCGGCUCUCCUCCCACCCGGCGCAGCCCUGCCUCCUCCUUCUCCCGCCCGGCACGGCCCUCCUCCCACCCGACGCCACCCCGCCUCCUCCUCCCGCCCGGCGCCGCCCCGCCUCAUCCUCCUCCAGCCCGGCGCGGCCCUCCUUCCACCUGGAGCCGCCUCGCCUCCUCCUCUCGGCUGGCGCGCCUCCGAUCCGCAAUGUCGCCCUCGUUUUUUCUACUACUAUGAGUGUGUGUGUGUGCGUGUGUGUGUGUGUGUGCAGUCAACGGGCCCCCUCCUCUGCUUCAGAUUUUGGAUAUGUGCGGAUUCAUUGUUGUGCAGUAUAGUUCCCGGGUGCCGCAGCUUGUUCUCGCCCAAGGUCGAGAAUCAUCAGGGCGAGAAGGAAAAGUGGGAGGAGUCCUGGCCACCCCUCACCAGCUUCUGCUCUGCCCACCCACUGCUACCCUACAACCGAAGCAGUUGGUCGCAGCGACCCCUGCAGCUCUCCUCCCUGAUAUGCAGAUCGCCAGCACGGCGCCCCUUCCUUGCCGCAGUUCAUUUCGGCCAUCGAAAAUGUCAUCCACACCACAGAUCGUGGAGCCAUGGUCGAGCAGUUGAGUUUUUCUAUUGUUGCAGUCCGUCACACGGGCACCUGCAAUAUGCAUCGCCCCCACCUGUGUUAAGCUCCGGCUCCCCUUGGAUCGAGCUGCCACCGGCGAGGUUUCUUCCAGAUGCAGUGCGGCAAGGCUGAAGUGUGCGGUUCCAUGGCAAUCUUUAUGUAGUUUGAUUCAAUCUUACCUACCCUUCCACGCCCCCUCGUCCGUCCCUGGAGCAGCGCGGGUUGGGUGGUGCAGUGCACGGAGACUCCGCGUGCAGUGCAUAAGUGCAUAUUGGGCAUGACGAAGGGUGUGUAGUUCGGCGUUCACUUUGUUCUUGAUAGCUUUUGUGCAGCUCAUGGCCGGCGGCAACAUGCGGUUUUUGUUUCGAGGAGCAUGCAGUUCGGUUCUGCAUCAGGGAGCCACGCCCCUGCACCUCCAACCAUGCUCCUCGCUGGGAUUUUUUUGCCUGAGAGGACAAAGACAACAUGUGGUUUUUGAGGAUUUUAUGUAUAAAAGUUAAGUGGACUUGUUUGAAAAUUGUUUACAAAAGAAGUUCAUUUCGAAU